AGCAAGCUCAAACAAACUCUCCUAUGGUCUCCCUGAAAAGUUUACACAAAAAACUGAAUCCAUUCCUACAACGGUACUGCAGGUAGUCAUGAACAGGCAAGAUGAGGAUGGGAAGUCUUGUAUUAACACACCUAGCAAUGAAAUGGAAGGUGAUAAAUUAGUGAAAACAAAGAGAAAAGAGGCACCGGCACAUUACAUAUUAGACAUCGAGUCAUUGCAAAUGCUCUUGGAAAUCCUCUCCAAACCCAGACUUGACAGAUACGAAUCGACUGAAUUCGAAGCUAGUGGCCACAAAUGGAGGUUGAUACUGUACCCUGAGGGAGACAAGCAAAGAAAUGGAGGUGGUCAUAUCUCUCUUUACUUGAGAAUCGUGGACGUCGAGAAGCUAGGCCGUGCAUGGGAGAUUGAUGCUCUUAUAAAUUUUUUUGUACUUGACCAAGAAGACAAUCAGUACUUAAGCAUUCAAGAUGGGAGAGUGAAGCGAUUCAAUGCUGUGAAGAGAGAAUGGGGAUUUUCUCGACUACUCCCUCUCACUGAAUUCCAUGAUAAGGGCUACCUGAGUAAGAAAGGCAGGUGCGAGUUUGGAGUUGAAGUUUUUGUUCUAAAGAGUGAAGGUAAAGGGGAAUGUUUUUCCAUCCUGGAUUACCCCAUUAGAAAUUACUAUAUUUGGAAGGUUGAAAAAUUUUCCAAGUUAGGGGAAUCAAGCCAUUAUUCCGAGGACUUCACUGUUGGGGACUACAAAUGGAGGCUACACCUCUAUCGUCAAGGCGUUGCAAAGGUGAAGGGACAAUAUCUAUCUAUUUUUCUUUGCCUACAUGAACUCAAGGAAAAUACCUUUUGGACCCAAUUUCAUGUGGAAUUCAAGCUGCGCAUAAUCGAUCAAUCUGAUAAACUGAACUCUAAGAAAACAGAGAAGACAGGCAAUGCAUGGUUUAGUGCCACUAAGCCUGCUUGGGGCUUUCCAUACUUCAUAAAGCGGGCUGACCUAGAAGGAAACAAGGACUUCAUUGUUAAUGAUGAAAUGGUUGUUGAAGCAGAAAUUAGUUCCAUGUCCAUGGCGAAAGAGCUUACUCCAGAUCCUCCGAAACCCCAGGAAGAGGUAAGACCCUGAAGAUGAUGAUUGGCCACCUGAACUUAAUCGAGAUACUUGUAAUGUUGCAAGGUGUUAAAGAGUGUUUUAUGUUUUUAACACAUCAUUAUGCAAUCAUUUUAACAUUCAACAAUUCACAAUAAAAUGCUAAUUUAUUGGGACUUUA